AAUACACUCCUCCAUAGCAAGUGAAAUCACGUUACGUAGCACAGUCAUAUAAUUUGCUGCCGGAGAAAUGAGCCAUGAACAGCCGAGGAUGCCGCAACAGCAGCAGGCUGGGGACCAAGGCCAGGAUCAGGACCAGCAGAUGAGGCCGCAGGAGCAGCAGGAGGAGGAGGGUGACCAAGGCCACGGUCAGGACCCGGCCAUCAAAUAUGGUGAUGUCUUCGACGUGUCAGGGGACCUUGCAUCAAGGCCCGUGGCGGCCCGGGAUGCAGCCAUGAUGCAGUCGGCCGAGAACACUAUUCUGGGGCAGACUCCGGCUGGUGGGAUUGCUGCCGUCAUGAGUUCAGUAGCGGGUUGGAAUGAGAAGGCCGGCCUGGUGGGCCACGGGGCUGCCUCAGACAUAGUAGGGAGGGAGGGUGUCACCGUCACGGAGACAAAGGUUCCCAGCGGCCGUAUAGUCACGGAACAAGUUGGUGGCCAAGUGGUCGGACAGUAUGUACAAGCUCAGCCAGAGCAGGGAGGUGAUCGUGGCGGGUCAGUCGAGCAGAGCGCCAUAACCAUAGGCCAAGCACUGGAGGCAGCAGGCCAAACAGCUGGAGACAAGCCGGUGGAACGGAGCGAUGCUGCUGCCAUUCUGGCGGCUGAGCAAAUGGCUACCGGAAGAAACAACACGAUCCCAGGUGGCCUGGCUGCUGCUGCUCAGUCUGCCGCCGCUUUUAAUGAGACAACGCUGAGGAAAGAGGACAAGAUCAAGAUCUCCCAAGUUCUAUUGGGUGCGAGUGAAAAGUUGGGCGGUGACAGGGUAGCAACUCGACAAGAUGCUCUAGGGAUCGAAAAUGCCGAGCGGUGGAACAACCCUAAGAUGGAAGCCCAGCCGGGUGGUGUCGCCGCUUCGGUGGCGGCAGCUGUAAGGAUCAAUGAGAAUCUGAAACUAUAAUUAUAUGGCGUACGUUAGUAUGUAUGUCUGUAUGUAUUGUAGGGAAUGGCGUACGUGUACAUGCAGUAUGUGUAUGUCUAGUGUAUGUUGACAAACUAUCUGGUUUACUUUUCUUUUUUUCGAUAGUGAAACAGGGCCUAAGCCCAUUACAAAAGAAAA